GGCCCACCAAUCUUAGCGUUGUUUUUUUCUCUUUCUCUUUCACUCUCUUCCCAUAAAGUUUCGAUUUUUUGGUUCCUCUUUUUGCAGAGACAACAAUGGCGACCGGGAUGUUCAGGAAGGCCGUUAUUAGGGUUUCAUCCACUCCAGCUUCCAGGCUUCAGUGGUUGCGAAGCUUAGCUACUGCAGCUGAGGCUCCUCACAGCUCGAACAUGAAGACCUUCUCAAUUUACCGGUGGAACCCGGACAACCCAUCGAAGCCGGAGCUCCAGGACUACCAGAUCGACCUGAAGAAGUGUGGGCCCAUGGUUCUUGACGCGCUUAUCAAGAUCAAGAAUGAGAUAGACCCAUCGCUGACGUUCCGACGAUCUUGCCGGGAAGGGAUCUGCGGGUCGUGCGCGAUGAACAUCGACGGGUGCAAUGGGCUGGCUUGCCUGACGAAGAUCGAAUCUGGGUCGUCGACGACGGUCACGCCGUUGCCGCACAUGUACGUGAUAAAGGACCUGGUGGUUGACAUGACCAAUUUCUACAAUCAGUAUAAGAGCAUAGAGCCGUGGCUGAAGAGGAAGAACCCACCGGAAACGCCAGGGAAGGAGAUUUUGCAGAGCAAAGAGGAUAGGGAGAAGCUGGAUGGGAUGUACGAGUGCAUUCUCUGCGCCUGCUGCAGCACAUCCUGCCCCAGUUACUGGUGGAACCCCGAGUCUUAUUUGGGUCCCGCUGCUCUGCUCCAUGCUAAUCGGUGGAUAAGUGACAGUCGUGAUGAAUAUACAAAGGAGCGACUGGAAGCGAUAAACGAUGAGUUCAAACUCUACCGCUGCCAUACAAUAUUGAACUGUGCUCGAGCCUGCCCUAAGGGCUUGAACCCUGGAAAGCAGAUCACGCACAUCAAGCAGCUACAGUUAAAGAAUAGCAUCUAAGUUUCUUAUAUAUGACGCGUGAUGUGGUGCACAUUUUUCAAUUAUUAGUUUGGGAUAUUUUUUGAGGACUUGUCGAUCGUGUGUUUGAGCAAAUAAUAUGAGCAGUAAUUGUACUUUCCAUCCCUUCAUAUAAUUGGGAAUGAAAAUGUCUGUUUAAUAAUAAAUGUUGAUAAAACCUAGUUCCCAGAUUAUUUGCCUUGGGGCGAUUCAUCCUGUGCUAGUUCUUCAAUAUAAAGAAAUUUUCCCUCU